GGUACCGGAAACGCCCGCGAGUCUCCAGCUCGCGAAAGGUUUUUCCAUGAGAAGUGGUGGAGGACUGAGAUCGCGGUUUCUGUCCUGUCUGGAGCUGAGAAUUGGGGCCGCAACAAAUAUGGAACGCGGCACGGAAGGCCGCACUGCCAGCGUGCUUUUUGCGGGGUUCCGGGCCUUGGGGCUUUUUAGCAAAGAUAUUCCACACGUGGUGCGGUUCAGCGCGUUGAAGCGCCGGUUCUACGUAACGACCUGCGUGGGCAAGAGCUUCCACACCUAUGACGUUCAGAAACUUAGUCUGGUUGCAGUAAGUAAUUCUGUUCCUCAAGACAUCAGCUGUAUGGCAGCUGAUGGGAAACUUGUCUUUGCUGCCUAUGGGAAUGUUUUCUCUGCAUUUGCCCGUAAUAAGGAGGUAGUACAUACCUUUAAGGGUCAUAAAGCAGAAAUCCAACUUUUACAACCCUUUGGGGAUCACAUUAUCUCUGUUGAUACCGACAGCGUUCUUAUUAUUUGGCACAUAUAUUCAGAAGAAGAAUACCUGCAGUUGACUUUUGAUAAAUCAGUUUUCAAAAUUUCUGCAAUUUUGCAUCCAAGUACCUAUUUGAAUAAAAUACUUCUGGGCAGCGAACAGGGAAGCCUGCAGUUGUGGAAUGUUAAAUCCAAUAAACUUCUGUAUACAUUUCCAGGAUGGAAAGUUGGAGUGACAGCUCUUCAGCAGGCACCAGCUGUGGAUAUUGUUGCUGUUGGUCUUAUCUCGGGUCAAAUUAUCAUUCACAACAUUAAAUUUGAUGAAACAUUAAUGAAGUUUCGUCAAGACUGGGGACCCAUUACUUCAAUUUCAUUUCGCACAGAUGGUCAUCCAGUAAUGGCAGCUGGGAGCCCGUGUGGCCAUAUUGGACUCUGGGAUCUAGAAGAUAAAAAAUUAAUCAAUCAGAUGAGAAAUGUACACUCUACAGCAAUUGCUGGACUGACUUUUCUCCAUAGAGAGCCACUUCUUGUCACAAACGGUGCUGACAAUGCUGUCAGGAUAUGGAUAUUUGAUGGUCCUGCAGGUGAAGGCCGACUUUUGAGAUUCAGAAUGGGACAUAGUGCUCCUCUUACCAAUAUCAGAUAUUAUGGACAAAAUGGACAACAAAUUCUAAGUGCAAGCCAAGAUGGAACUCUUCAGUCAUUUUCCACGGUACAUGAAAAAUUCAACAAGAGCUUGGGACAUGGAUUAAUAAAUAAAAAGAGAGUCAAGCGUAAAGGACUUCAGAAUACCAUGUCAGUAAGACUUCCACCUAUCACAAAGUUUGCAGCUGAGGCAGCUCGUGAGAGUGACUGGGAUGGUAUCAUUGCUUGCCAUCAAGGUAAGCUAUCCUGCUCAACAUGGAAUUAUCAGAGAUCUACAAUAGGCUCUUACUUUCUCAAGCCAAAAGAAUUGAAGACGGAUGACAUCACUGCGACAGCAGUGGAUAUAACUUCUUGUGGGAACUUUGCUGUAAUUGGCCUCUCAUCAGGAACUGUAGAUGUUUAUAAUAUGCAGUCUGGAAUACAUCGAGGAAGUUUUGGCAAGGAUCGAGCUCAUAAGGGAUCUGUUCGAGGUGUUGCGGUGGAUGGAUUGAACCAGUUGACCAUUACGACUGGUAGUGAAGGAUUACUCAAAUUCUGGAAUUUUAAAAGCAAAGGUUUAAUCCAUUCUGUGAGCCUUGAUUCAUCUCCAAACAUGAUGCUGCUUCAUAGGGACAGUGGCAUUUUGGGACUCGCCUUGGAUGACUUCUCCAUUAGUGUUCUGGACAUAGAAACUAGGAAGAUUGUCAGAAGGUUUUCUGGACACCAAGGCCAAAUAAAUGACAUGACUUUCAGUCCUGAUGGUCGUUGGUUAAUAAGUGCUGCAAUGGAUUGCUCCAUCAGGACUUGGGACCUUCCAUCCGGGUGCCUUAUAGACUGCUUUUUGUUGGACUCAGCUCCUCUCAAUGUUACUAUGUCCCCUACUGGAGACUUUCUAGCAACUUCCCAUGUGGACCACCUUGGAAUUUAUCUAUGGUCCAAUAUUUCCCUAUAUUCAGUCGUCUCAUUACGACCACUUCCUACAGAUUAUGUGCCUUCAGUAGUGAUGCUUCCUGGUACUUGUCAAACCCAAGAUGUAGAAGUAUCUGAAGAAAAUACAGAACCAAGUGAUGAAAUGUUAGAAUAUAGUUCGCCAGAACAGUUGAGUGAGCAAUUAGUCACUCUGUCACUUCUCCCUGAAUCACGGUGGAAAAAUCUUCUUAAUCUUGAUGUUAUUAAGAAAAAGAAUAAACCAAAGGAACCACCCAAAGUACCCAAAUCAGCACCAUUUUUUAUUCCAACAGUUCCUGGCCUUGUACCCAGAUAUGCUACACCUGAACAAAAUAAUGAUCCCCAGCAGUCUAAGGUGGUAAACCUUGGAAUUCUGGCUCAAAAAUCAGAGUUCUGCUUGAAACUUGAAGAAGGACUGCUAAAUAAUAAGUAUGAAACUGCUCUCAACCUUCUAAAAGAAUUAGGCCCAUCAGGAAUUGAAACAGAGCUGCGAAAUUUGUCUCCUGACGGUGGUGGAUCUAUAGAAGUUAUGCAGAGUUUCUUGAAAAUGAUUGGGUUGAUGUUGGAAGGGAAGCGUGACUUUGAGUUAGCCCAGGCAUACCUUGCAUUAUUUCUAAAGUUACACCUUAAAAUGCUUCCUUCAGAACCAGUAAUCCUAGAAGAAAUGACAAAAUUAUUAUCACAGGUGGAAGAAAAUUGGAUUCAUUUGCAGUCACUCUUCAAUCAGAGCAUGUGUGUUUUAAAUUAUAUCAAAAGUGCUUUGUUAUAAACUUAAGUGAUUAAAGAAAUCAAAGACAUGUAUUAAAUGGGUUCGUUUGAACUCAUCUUUGUUUUUCAGGUUUAAUGUGAAAAGAAGUGCUAGCAGUACUUACCAAGUCAAUAAUUCUCUUUUAAAUCUGAAUACUUUCUUGAAAUAAAAUUAUACCUGCCCUUUGUUUCGAAGACCUAAAGAAUCUACUCAAGUGACUUAUUUUGAAUUUUGUCAAAUUAGUUGUAAAACAAUUUUUGAUUGUUAUUACCAGCAUGUAUUUUUGAGUAUGUUACAAAUAAGAGAUGACUGCAUGUGCAGUGUGAAACUGUGCUGACUGCAUUGAAGAUACCAGAUAAAACAGAUCUGUAACAUUUUUAAAAUGCCCAUGAUAUGAAGAUAAAAGUUUUUUUCCUUCAUGGCUUUUGAUGAAGGCCAGUUGUUAAAGUGGCGGUCAGAUCAGAUGUCUUUUGGUAUACGCUUCUUCUGUUCAGAGGAGUUAGGAUGCAGUCAGCUGGGUUCGCUGAUGAUCUAACCUUCUAACACAUGUCUAGUGUUCUCUCCAUUGUUGUGUUCUGAAGGAAAUUGUUCUUGGAUCAGAAAUGUCAGAGGUGCUUGCCCAUCUGAGGCAGAUUGCUGUAGGAAGAGGUUGAACAGAUACCUGGCAUAGCAAGAGGAAAUUCCAAACUCCAUUGAAGGUUGUCCUUCACAGGUUUUUCUUUCUUCAUUAAUGACUUGUUUAUUUGGCAAGAAACUGACUACCUUUCUCUCACAGAUGUGAAGCACAGUAGUUCUGGCAGUUUUCUCUUAUUAUUUUCUUUUGUAUGGUUCAAUUCUUCAGCAAUAUGUAAAUGAAAAAUAAGCAGUUCUUCAAAAUACAGUUUUAAAAACUGUUUUUGGUUUCUACACUCAAAAAUUGUUUCACUCCUAAAAUGGAGUUGGUUGGAUUUGUACCACCACCACAAUCUGGCUGGGUUUGAUCACCAAUAACAUUCUUGGUCAACAUUAGGAUAAAAGAGUUUACAAACUAAUUUACAGACAAGGGCAGUCAUUAAAAGGAGCUGGUCAAUGAGAAAUUUAAUAUUAAAGCAUUUUUAUUUAAAUCGCUUAUGGUAGAAUUAGUUAACUAAGGAAAUAAACCAAUCUAGCUUUAAACUCAUUUACUUUGAAAUUGUAUAUGUCAGUUUUUUACUAAAAUAUUAGUAAUAAUUUAAGUUCUGACUUUUAAACUACUGUAUUUUCCUUUUGUCUCAAAUACAGUGAAGAUAAGGCAAAAAUUUAGUACAUAAUCAUGUACCUUGUAAAGACUGUAACAAUACCAACAUAAGAACUAUGAACAAAAAUUGUAUUUCUUUUGUAAAUUAUGAAUUGAACUUUCUUGUCUUUCAAAUGAAUAUAGAGUUGAAAAUGUUAUUUUUAUUGGCAAUAUCUUUAGGUAGUAUUUCCACAUUAUUUUAGCAGGUAUCCCUUCUAGAACCUUUCCUGUGUGUUUGCUGUCAAGGGACAGAGUGCCAGAGAUACAUAAAAGUAUAAUUGUGUGUCUGUAUUUUUCUUAAAAUGUCAGUCUGUGCAUACUGCUUUAAAUUAAACUUUAAACUACAUGUGUAAAUAUAUGACUAAUUUUAUUGUAAAAAGAUCAGUCACGUUUUUUGACAGCAGGUAUAAAAUGUAUAGUUCUGGUUUUUACAUAAAGAUAUGUUUCUCAUUCUGCA